UUAAAUUGUUGGUUCCCGCCUAUCAGUACAGUGAAAGAAUUCUGCGUGAAAAGAAACGGAAUUUGUGUUCUAAAGCUGAAAAUGUUCAAAUCUCGCAAUGCUUCGGUGCUGGAUAUCCUAUUUAACCCCCGGCUGUACGGUGUGAUUGUGGGUGUGAUGAGUUUGGUGGCCAUGCUCGCCUCCCUCACAGCAUCUGUUUAUCUAAUAAUAAAGUAUGACGACAUCAGAGGUGUUCCGGAAAGCUUGAGAACAUUUUUCCGGUAUGCCACACUCGAAACCGUCAUCGGUUUGAUCGGUUUGAUUGUUGUCGUAGUGUACCUGAUAGGAAUCUGCAAAGCCAACGAGCACUAUUUGAUGCCGUUCUUAGUGCUACUCGUAGUGGACUUUUCGGGCUACAUUGUGUCUGAGACACUCGGCUAUCUCAAGGGGACCGUCGAGCAGGACCGGUGGAAGGAGAAUUUGUUGGAUUGUGCAAUUUUCGUAUUCAGUUUCACGACGGUAACUUCUCUGUAUGAUGCCUUCAAACGCGAGAGACAGCCGGGAUGUUAUCGACUCAUUUCCGGCGACGAAGAGAACAUUCCACUGAAAGUGUGAACUUUUAAGAUUAAAUUUAAAUUUAAUUUUUUUUUAAGUUUGUAAAUAUUUUCCAAUAUGUUGUCCAGAUUACUGUAGGAAAAAAAUAAUAUAUACAUGAUGGAAUAGUGCUAGAGCUACCAUAUGUUUCAAUUAUUCAUAGAACGGUUUGUCUCGCUUCGCGUCAUAUGAAUAAAAUGAAAUUCAGCAAAAUUAACUUGUUGGUAGUAACAAUGAUUUGCGGAGCCAAUCAAACAUAUACAACAAUUCCACACCAAACCGAUAUAAUGAUUCUCAGAUUUUCGUUAAAAUUGGUAGUUUUGUUCCUUAUCGAAAAUAUUAGAUCCGUAUUUUUUUUUAUUUUCCAUUAGUGAUCCAUUGGUGAUCCGAAAAAUAUUUUUUCCCAUUCAUUUGAAAUAUAAUCUUUUUUUUUUUAAUUCAUAUCUUUUGAACAACUGGACUGAUUCAGGUAAUCGACACAUCAAAUUGAAGCCAAUGAUCUGGUCUUUUACAUUUGCAAAAAAAAUGUUUUUUUUGUAAUUAUUGAUUGUAUUUGUUUUACAUAAAAUAUCCAAAAAUCAGAGAUGUGUUUUUUUUUCGUUA